UUUCAUUUCAAGUAACUUGUUAUGUUUUAGAGACUUUUUAGUGUUUAGUGUUUGAUCUGAGGAAUCAAAAUCUGCCUUCUACAUUUCCAAAUUCCCUGCUAUAAAUAUUUAAAUAUAAUGAAUGUGUAUAUAAAUGGCUUAUUAAAAAGAAAUGUGCAUGAACUCUUAUUAUAAAAAAGUAUUGGAUUAAAGUACUUAAUAUUACAUCCUUUAAGAGACUUCAUAAAUUUGUUUAUUACUCGCAGGUUUCUUUGUUUCGUUACAUUAAUCUUUUGGUCAGUGUCACCUUGAAGAUUAAAAUAUGCAGACUAAUACUAAUAACUCACACAGUAAGAGAGUUGUGACCGGAAGAAGUUUGAUUGAUUUUAUCUUCUCUUGGUCUAUCAAGGAUGUCCUCAACUAUGAUCUAUAUAAAAACCAGGUUGAGCAAAUCCCCGAUACAUUUGGGUCGAAAGCAGAGUACUUUAAGGCCUUCAUUGUACCAUUAGUGGAAGAAACACAUGCAGAUUUGUCAUCAGGAGUGAAAGCAGUGGCUCACUCAGUUUGGUGUGAAAUAAGGUCUGUGAAGCAAACCAAACAGUACAAUCCUCCCAAAGACUUUUUCUAUAAAGCAGUAUUGAGAAGCAAUGAAAUGAAGAAUCAUCCUAAGGCAUACAAACCUGAAAAUGGAGACUUGAUAGCAAUAACAAGUGUUAAACCAAGAUCAGUUAAUGAUCUGCAUAGACACUUUGUCAUUGCUUCAGUUCAAGGAGUGAAAGAUGAUGUUGUUACACUGCUAUCGUCUAAGCCAAUCUUGUUCGAAAACAGCAUUCUUUUCGCUGUUUAUCUUAUCAAUAUGAAUACUAAUAUUCGAAUAUGGCAAGCACUAACUUCUGAUCCUAAAGAGCGGAAUAUGAAGAUUAUUGAUAAAGUUAUAAAGUCUGAUUUCCCUGAAGAAGAAAAGUGUAUGAUGUGCCACUUUGAGCAAAAUAGUAUAUUUUCUUAUUCUGAUGUGAAGAUCAGAAUCAAAUUGUCUGAUUUGAAUGAAUCGCAGAAAGAGGCGGUCUUAAGCUGCAUUAAGGCUCGAGAUUGUCAUCAUCAGAAUAGUGUGAAGCUUAUAUGGGGGCCUCCAGGGACAGGAAAAACAAAGACAACUGGCUUUUUAUUGCAUACCCUUCUAAGGAUGAAAUGCAGGACACUCACAUGCGCUCCUACCAAUGUUGCAGUGUUGGAGGUAACUGAGAGACUAGUCAAAAGAGUUAUAGAGUCUUCUACACAUGAUACUUAUGGACUUGGUGAUAUAGUUUUGAUUGGAAAUGGGAGGAGAAUGAAUAUUGAAGAACGCGAUGAACUACAAAGUGUGUUUCUUCAAAACCGAGUUGAUGUGUUUAACUAUUGUUUUGGUUCAAAAACUGGCUGGAAAGAUAGCUUGGUUUCCAUGAUUUCCUUGCUUGAGGAGCCUGUGGAUAAGUACCGUUUGUACUUGAAAGAAAGAGAAAUUCAAGGCUUGAAGGAAAAUUCAGAUGAGUGUGGUAAUUCUAGGCCUUUGAGUUUUGGUAAGUUCUUCAAGGAGAAUUUUUCUUGCAUUUUACAAAGAUUAAAUAUCUGUGUAGUUUCCUUGUAUACACACCUACCAACCUCUUGUAUAUCAUUACAAGUUGUGAAGUCCAUGGUAGCAGCUGUUGAGUCAUUAAAGUCCUUUGAGGUGCUGUUCAAUGGUGUUGUAAGUGAAACAUUGAAACUUCUUUUUGAGAGAAAUGUAAUGAAUGACGAUCACAUCGUUGAAAAGUUCAAUGUUGCAAGGGAAAAUUGCAUUUGUCAAUUGGAAUCACUUCCUUCCACUUUUUCUGUUCCUGACUUUUCUUCUACAAAAGAGGUAAUGGAUUUUUGCUUGGAAAAGGCAUGCCUAGUAUUUUGUACUGUCUCGGGUUCUGCUGAACUUCAUAACAAAGGAAUGCGUCCUUUGGAAGUGUUGGUCAUAGACGAGGCUGCACAGCUUAAAGAAUGCGAAUCAGCAAUUCCUUUACAACUUCCUGGACUUCGUCAUGCUAUUCUCAUAGGAGAUGAGCGGCAAUUGCCUGCAAUGGUUAAAAGCAAGAUUUCAGAAGAGGCCAAUUUCGGAAGAAGUUUGUUUGAGAGGUUGUCUUUCCUUGGCCACAAGAAACACCUGCUCAAUGUACAACAUAGAAUGCACCCAGCAAUUAGUCAAUUUCCAAAUAGUCAGUUUUAUGACAACAAGAUUUUGGAUGGUCAUAACGUGAAGUUAAGAAGUUACAGCAAAACUUUUCUUCAGGGAAAGAUGUAUGGCUCAUAUUCUUUCAUUAAUGUGGCACAAGGGAAAGAAACUUGUGAUAACAAGCAUAGUAGCAAAAAUAUGGUAGAAGUAGCUGUUGUUUCUGAGAUACUUGAUAGCCUAUAUAAAGAAGUUAAAGGCAAAAAGAAGGUCAGUGUAGGUGUGAUUUCCCCAUACAAGGCACAAGUUUUUGAAAUUAGUGAAAUGAUUGGAAACAAGUAUAGUUCAGAUGCACAAAGUGAUUUUUCUGUGAGUGUUCGCUCUGUUGAUGGAUUCCAAGGUGGUGAAGAUGAUGUUAUAAUCAUCUCAACUGUUCGGAGUAAUGGUAAAGGAUCAGUGGGGUUUCUCUCCAAUCAUCAAAGAGCAAAUGUGGUGCUAACUCGUGCAAGGCACUGCCUUUGGAUUGUGGGAAAUGGAUCAACACUAGCUAACAGCUCCACUGUUUGGAGAAAACUUGUGAUCGAUGCUAAGGAGCGAAUGUGUUAUCAUAAUGCUGAUGAGGACAAGAACUUGGCUCUGGCUAUUACUAGUGCUUUGGUUCAGUCAAACCAAAUCCAUCUUUUACCAAAUCUUGAUCCACUUCUUUUCAAAGAUUCAGUGUGGAAGGUAUGCUUCAAUGAUUCUUUCUGGAGUUCCAUGGCAAGUGUUAAAGACAAAGAAUUCUGCAAUGAAAUGUUUUCUUUGUUGAGGAAGCUCUCAUGCGGUUGGCGUCAAGAGCACAAGGACAGCAACCUUACUUCAUCUCAUUUUGUAGAGCAUUACAUUAUUAAGGAAAUGUACCUUGUUUGGAGUGUUGAUCAUGUUAAAGAAGAUUCAAAUCAAGUUCAGAUUUUGAAGAUUUGGGAUGUCUUAGUCCAAUCUGGUGUACAAAAACUUACAAACCAGCUUGACAUGCUAUAUGGAAACUUUUCAACUGAUAAAAUGCAUCGAUGCAAGUACAAAAAGAAAGAGGGGAAUUUGGUGUUUCCAAUGAUGUGGCGAAAUUCCGAUGAAGAAGAUCUUGAUGACUUCUUGUCAAAUCCACUUGCUGCAUUGAGUCUUAGAGGAUAAACCAGAAACAUCAUCAACAAGUAAGAGUUGAGUCAAGAUUGCCAAUGGGAAAGGCUAUCCUUGUUAUAAUGACUACUGAAUUUCAAUGUGUACUUUCCUUUCCUUUUGUUAUUAUAUGUACUGUUGUAUUUAGGCAACGGACUUAGUUUAGCGAAGCACAAAAUUUAAAACUGAAAGUCCUACUAAUGACAUUUACUUAAAAUAAAGGACACUAUGUUGUGUUUGUUAGACA